AUGCAAUGCUUAAUCGUUCUAUUCAAUUUUCUUUUACUCUUUUAUUUUACUGAUAGCGCAGCAGCUCAACCAGCAGCAGAUGCGAUCGCAAAAAGAGCUGUUGGAGGAAAAGGAGUUCUACUUUGCGGAAAAAAGCCCAUUGAAGGAGUGAUCAUCCGACUUUUCCGCGUGGCACAAAGCAAAAAAGACGAUUUAAAUCAAAUCCUUGACGAAAAGUUAACCGGUGUCGAUGGAUCGUUUCAUAUUGACGGGAACACGAAUGGCUUUCCGUUAAAUGAGACAACGAUUGAUGGAACGCUUACUUUCUAUCAUAGUUGUGAUGAAGAUAAAGAGAAAGUGAAAAAGAAUGGCUAUCGGAAAUUCAACUACCACAUCCCACAAGAUUAUGUGAGCUAUGGAUCAAAACCGAAAAAACACUAUGACUUAGGGUAUCUCAAUCUUCAACUCGAAUUCCCUGAGGAGAAACACGAGAAAAACUUUAAAGAAUACGUAAAAGCGAGUGUCGAUUGG